UCUUCACCAAUUUUAAAACCAGAGAAUCACGAACCAGACCAAAAACCCAUUUGUUUUUUUAGCUAUAAUAAUACGUACUUCAACAUAAAACAUAUAAUAAUCUCUCUUCUCAUCUCUCUUUCUUUUUUUUUUAAAAAAAAAAAUCGGAUAAAUAUGGCACCGAACGGCGAGGCCAUGGACACGUGCGGGAGAAGGAAGAGCAUAAGCGGCGGCAGUAUGGCCAAGCCGCCCGCGCCGAAACUGUCAAAGGAAUCCCUCCACCGGACCUUAUCCGACAUAUCCUUCGAACUCAACAGAGAAACCGCGUUUGAUAACGCAGACGCAAACGCGAAUGCGAAUCCGAAAUCGCUCCCGACGAUAUCGGAGGUGGAGAACGCAAAGUGCGAGUGCUGCGGGAUGAGCGAGGAGUGCACGGUCGAGUACAUAGAGCGCGUUCGCGACAAGUUCAUGGGGAAAUGGAUAUGCGGGCUGUGCUCAGAGGCCGUGAAGGAGGAGAUGGCGAAGAAGAAGAACGAAAACCCAGACGCCAAGAAGAAGCUGGAAUCCGCCAUGAACGCUCACAUGAGCGCUUGCGUAAGGUUUAACAAGCUGGGUAGGGUUUACCCGGCUCUGUUCCAGGCGGAGGCCAUGAGAGAGAUGCUUAGGAAAAGGGCUAAGUCCAUUGGCCCUAAAUGCCCUAGACAGGGCAUUGCCAGAAGCUCCAGCUGCAUUCCCGCCAUCACCAGGGACAUCAACAAUCUCUCCUUCACCGAUUAACCAUAUAUAUAUAUACACUGCAUGUGUGUCAGUGUGUGUAUAUAUAUACCUACCUAUAUAUAUAUAUAUUCACUUUAGUAAUUAUAUGCACGCAUGCUGAUGUUUCUGGGUCAAGAGAUUUUUCACUCGAUCUAUGAGUUUUUUUUCUUCUUCUACCCAAAUCAAGCACGGCGCAUGCAUGCAAUGACAUGUUUUUUUUUAACGUUCCUAUAAGGAAAGUUUAAACUCGUCUUUUAAUUAUAGCUUUCCUCUCCGGAGGUUUUUAUCUAUAUUUACUAAUUACCGAGGUGGGUUUUCUUCUGGUGCUAUCACCGGUUGAUUUUAUUUUAAAUCUUGAUGAGUUCAUGUAAUCAAGUCCAAUUUCGAUAUGUCCAUAUAAAUAUUUAUUAUUUUUA